AUUUUUCCAUGAGCAUGAAUCAUAAACUGAUAUUGCCUUCUACAAAUCUUUGACCCAUGUUUGACACGAAAGACGGAAGUAGUGACCAUUGUAAAUCUAAAUUUAUAUAUAAACGUCCUUAGAUGUCAUUGAAACCCACUGAGCUCUGUCACGAUAUUAGAUGUUAAACUAUUUUAACGACUUCUUAUUAAUUCCUUAUUUAAACGUGCGUAAGUGUCAAACUGCAAUAAAAGUGAACAGUCAUAACAUGUGUGCUAUGUCACACACGAACUGUAUAUUUAUAUAUAUAUAUAUAUAUAGCAUCAUAGGAUGAUAGAAAAAUUCAAUAUUUUCAUAUCUUAAUUGUUAUGAUAAAGGUAUACCAUUUCACUAAUCGGAAUUCAAUGGAUAUCCACGGAUUCUUGUUCAAAUUAUGUUUAGCUACAAUUGUGUUACCGAUGUGUAGAUCGGUGAACACCACAAUCACCAACGUUGAGAUAAAAAACACGACGGGAACUUCUAGCAUAACAGCAGAAUUUCUGGAAAAUACUUGUACAAAAAACAUAACGGCACUUGCUUACAAAGAGGAAUGUUGUGAUUUUAUAGUUGAGAGGUUCAGGUCAUCAUGGUAUAAAGGCGGAUAUUAUCUUACUGAGUAUUUGUCAAAUCUCCAAAAGUUGGGAUGUAAAGAGUUCGAAAGCGAGUGUCAAAUUCCUGUUUACAAUUUUACAAACUUCACCAAAUUGGUAUACGAUCGUUUUUGCAACCGAAAUGCCCUACUGGCAAAAUGUACAGAGGAAUUAUAUCAAAUAUUGCGUAACUACCACUUUCGCACCUCAGACAUAUGGAUUGGGAAAAACCUUGACUUGAAAAUUACUGAGGAAAUAUGGAAUAAUUUAACUACGUCUAUGGUACCUUCUCAAAUGAAAAUGAAAGAUUUAAACAAUCCCUGCGUUGAAGUCGCACUCUUUGACAGACCCUCGGGAGGCGUAGGAAGAUUUCACGAAAUCGUUCAGGUGUACACACCAUUUUGCACAAUGCAAUGGAAUGGUUACGACAUAGAAACCGCCAUGACAAGGCACGUAUCGCCGUGGACCAGCAUGUCACUGUGGUGCCGCGGCAGUGUAAUUAUUUGCCAAGUGAUAAUAGCAAUCCUUGGAUUUGCGAUCAUAGUUGCCAACGUCAUUGUUCUUUCUGUAUAUAUGUCAUCACCCGAGUUGAGAAACAGUCAGGGCAUUUAUAAAUUGUCCAUUGCAAUUGGCGAUUUAUUUUCUGGGAUUAUUGUUAUGCCAAAUAUCAUUGUGUUCCACUAUUGGAUGUUUGUACACGAACGCCUAAUGGGAAACAUGAUGGACGGAGAGUCCGAAAGAAGACAUGCUGGAGGAGGUAUUCGUUCAUACAUCCCUACUCCAUACAUCAACUUCGUCGGAUUUUUCACAACAUUUUCAUUAACAUUGUCCAUUUAUACACUUAUAGUGGCAAGUGGGGAUCGGUUUCUAGCUGUUUUCCGACCAUUAAAAUACAAUAGAAGCAAUGCUAAACGACACGCCAAAUAUGCAUGUCUGGGAGUAUGGAUAUUUGUUAUCCUAAUUUCGAUAAUACCUUUGGUAUUCCCUACUCUUUCUUACAAAAUUAUUUUGGCGACGAUGGUGACGUCCAUAGGGCCAGCUGCACUUAUUCUGGUAUCAAUCGCAUUUGGAAUUCCAUUAAUAAUGCUGUGUCUAAUCAACUGUUUCACAUUUUAUUCGGCGAAGCAACACGCCAGGGCGCGUGAGGAUUUAAACAGGAGCAUGUUAAGAAGAAACUCCGAUAAUGGAAUUGAGAAUCGUUUAAGACAGAUUCUUGGACUCAUGGUCAGCGUGUUUAUUUCAUGUGUUUUCCCGACAUUUCUUCUUACCAUUAUGGCGAUAUUUUUUGGCAACAUUCUCCACAGGAACCCAAACAAAUUCAACUCUGAGGCAGCGACAAUUUAUCAAUCAGUGCAGUACUGCGCCAUUUUGUUAUUGCUGAGUAACAGUCUUUGGAACUUUUUUAUUUACAAUUCAAGAGGAGAGGAUUUUCGUAAAGCAGUCAAAUCUCUAAAAAUUGUGAAAGUUGUAAUUACAACGGCCGGGUGUAUCACACAUUCUGCUCGUAGACUGAGUAAAGUUUCUGUGCAUUACAGAAGAAGGAAAAGUCGGGGUUCUACUGAUAUCACCAGCGCGUCAAGGACGAUUUCACUUCCGGAAGUGGAAACGACAAUCGUUAUGGCUACAAACUCAAAUACCACAUCUGGGACUAAUAAACCAAAUUCUCACAAUAAACAUGAAUAUGUCAACGGAUUAUACACCUGAAUAUCUCCGUCUAUAUCUGAUCCGUCGCGGCAACAAUGGAAAAAAUGGACUAAAGGAGUUGAAACAUUGAUAAAGAUUUUAUCAACUUGCAUGUUUUUCUACACAUUUUAUUUGAGAUUUUGUUUCAGUUGUUUUCAUUUUGUAUAUAUAACGCUAAUAACGAGAGAGCAAUGCUUAA